GGGCCUUUCCUGCCUCCCGGCUCAGGGGUCCUUCCUCAGGUCUCCUGCGGCCCGGCAUCAUGGCGGCUCUUGUCUUUGCUGCCCCCGGUAGAGCUAUGCUGCGAGGAGUUCGGGAGCUGCUCUGGCCGCGACUUGAAGGGAGCCUGGAGCGCGACUUCAGUCUUUCUCACCAUCGGGGCACAGUCAUCGUAGAGCGCUGGUGGAAAGUGCCGCUGGCCGGGGAGGGAAGGAAGCCGCGCCUGCGCCGGCGACACCGGGUCUACAGGCUGGUAGAGGACACGAAACACCGGCCCAAAGCAAACCUGGAGCUCAUCCUCACGCAGUCUGUGGAGGAACUUGGAGUGCGGGGUGACCUGGUCUCGGUGACAAAAUCUGAGGGUCGUAACAAACUCCUUCCUCAGGGACUAGCUGUAUACGCAUCUCCCGAAAACAGGAAGCUGUUUGAAGAGGAGAAAUUGCUGAGACAAGAAGGAAAAUUAGAGAGGCUACAGACCAAGGCAGGUGAGGCGACAGUGAAAUUUCUGAAAAGCUGUCAUCUGGAAGUAGGAAUGAAGGACGAUGUGAAAUGGGAGUUGAACCCUGAAAUAGUUGCUCGUCACUUCUUCAAGAAUGAAACUAUAGAACCCUGUGUAUUUGCUGGCCCACUGGCAGCCAUGAGAGUUCGCUUGGCUGAUGUUUUGCAGCUUGGUGUUGUGGUGGCUCCGCAUGCCCUGAAGUUACCAGAGGAGCCAAUCACACAGUUGGGCGAGUACUGGUGUGAAGUGACGGUAAAUGGGCUUGACACUGUGAAAGUUCCUAUGUCUGUGGUGAACUUUGAGAAUCCCAAGAUCAAAAGAUACAAGGCCUGGCUAGCCAAGCAGGCUGCCAAGGGGAUGGCCUCCUCCGGCUCCCCAGUGGUCUGAACCUGUUCUCCGAGACCGGAAAGCAGAAACACAGUAGCAAUGGAGCAAAAGUGGGCCAGCACCUGACUUCACUCCCCUCUGACCAAAUGUGCAAGUCUGGAGAGCAAGUGGAGACAUCUGCCUGAACUGCAUGCAAGUUUGGGACCCCCCCAUAGGCCACAUCCAUCUUCGACAGCCAUCAGCCCGGCUUUAUUGGGGCACUUGUGCUCAAGAAGUACCAGACUGGAUUUGAUGAGCUAUGUGUCAGUGGAUUCAGUCUUGAUGCCACUUAGCCUCUUCCUCCAUCGGAAUCCACUGGAACAAAUGGAGGAGACGGACACUGUCUCUAGGACUUGGCUCUGUCUCAUCAUCUAAACUCAACAUUUGUAUCUCAAGCAAAAAUAAAAGUCUUUGUUUUUUUAGGUGUUA